CAUCUUAUAGUGAGGUACCAUCAAGACCUGAGCUCGCGACACCAUGCCACCGAUACCCUCCAUCCAGAAGCGCCACCAGCACCACACAGCCCACUCGCCAUAUGAGUGGAAGGAGAGGAGGGAGUUCUCCCAUAACUGGAAGGCCAAGUUCCGCGGCAAUGCCCAGGUCAUCACCACAGAUCUCGCCUGGACCAACCUCAUCACGCCACCCAACCCCAGGGUCACCACCACACUGGAGGAGGGCCUCGAGCUCAGCAAGCACCUCACUCUGCUCCAGGGCAUCCCCAAGGAUGGUGGGAAGGAUGGCCUCGACGUCCAGCCUGUCACCGUCUUCCACUCUGCAGACGAGGACCCAGAGCAGCUCCUCGUCUACAUGAGGGGGGGGCUGAGCCUCCCAGACAGGAACAAGGACCUCUGCCGCCUCAUGGUUGAUGCCAUUGAGAAGUACACGACACUCGCGCCACCCCCAAAGCCCAGCAGUGACGAGAGGCACGAGAUGGAGCAGGCCAGGAAGGCUGAGCACGAGGGGAAGAAGUGGGGAGUCUACCACCUUGGGCUGUGGCAUGCCACAGGACAGCCACACACGCCUCCCACCCUCUGCUCAGACAUGCGCAGGACUGGAGCGGGCUUCGGGGCCACGCUGGCCCUCUACAAGACCAUGGCCCCCCUCGCGCAGACCAUAGGCAGGCUCUUCCAGGAGAUCGAUCCCAGGGCCUACCAGCAGUACAGGCAGAACUACCUUGGUGAGUGUGCAGCCACGCCUGAGCUGGAGGUCUUCAAGUUCAGCAACAGGAGCUGCUGGCACUGCCUCGCGAUCCUGAUAAACGCCCAGGUUGGGCCUCACAAGGACAACCAUGAUGUGCUCGAUGGCUGGGUCGCGAUGGCCUGCUUUGGAGAGUUUGAGGGAGGGGAGCUGUGCCUGCCAGCCCUUGGCUAUAGGAUUCCCUUCCAGCCAGGGGAUGUUGUCCUGUUCCGCUCUGCAGUCCUCGAGCACUGGAUCGCGCCCUUCGAGGGCACGCGGUACUCGUGCGUCUUCUUCACGAAGCAGAGCAACUGGCAGCCAGGUGAGGAGGAGUAGAGGGCUUGUCUCCUGGUCCAUUUCCGGACUCACGUUCUUGCAGGGACGGUAGGUUGACGGUCUCGCAAUCGAGUGGAACGUUCGCUGACGUUUCCUGUGCAGCUUUGCAAGGGGAACAUAUUGACGUACUCCGAUUGUUGAUCGGACUUUAGAUGGUGGAGAUACUCCGGUUUUGGUCGGGUGAUGCAUGGGAGGGGUGAUUGGGGGAGCAUGUUAUAGGAUGGAUUGUAAUAUCCUGACGCGGCAUGCAGAUGGUGCGUUCGAUAGCGUUAAUAAAAGUAAUUUGCAAGA